AUGAUUGCACUAAAAUGGUCCCUCGUGGCCUUAACCACCUUGAUACUAAGCUCUACACACCGGCUCCCCACAUGGUGCGUUUCAGUCCGAGCCAAAGGGCCCACACCAGCUCCGGCAAGAGGGCCCGCCUCAAUCCCAUUAGGGCCAUCUUCAGUUGCAAGGCCCAUCGAGUCCAAAUCUAUAGUUGGAGUAAAAGCACAUACUCCAGUUCAAGUUGAGGGGCCCAUUAUAGUUAAUUCCAAUCCUACCCUGGUUGGUGUACCCCCUCCAAUUCAAGUGAGAGGGCCCACUCCAGUUAGGUCUAGCCCUACUCCACUCAUGUUCGGCACUACCCCAGCUGGAGAGCCCGAUCCAGACAGGUCUGGGCCCACUUCUGUUCAAACGGAGAGCUCCACUCCUACUCCAGUUCAAGUGGAAGGCCCAACUCUAAACCGAGCUGGGCCUACUUUAGUUCAGGCGGAGAGGCCCAUCCCCAACCUACAUGGUGAGCCAACUCCAGUUCGAGUGGAAGGGCCCACUCCAGUCAGGUCUACCCCUACUCCAAGAGAUCAUUGA